GCCCCAGCUCGGUGGCCAAUCAGAGUCCCCGGCGCGCUCGAGACGUCUCAACGUCCUGUGGGUCGUGUGCGUACGGAGGGAGGCAACGUAAGGGCGCUCGGCGAGCCCGUCUCUCCUCGAAUGAAAGGAAACAACCCCUGGCGACAGAGCCCCGCUCUUCAGCAGUGCCGGAGAAUCGACUCCCGCCUUCCCCGUCUCCCCUCGUGGGCGCUGUCCUCCCUUCGCCCAGCCGUGAGCCCCACUGCAUUUCUUGAGGCUUAAAGUGGCAUUCUCUAACAAUUUAAAAAUCAUGUCAAGCUCAAUUGAACAGAAAAAAGGAUCUACAAGACAGCGUAAAUGCGGUUUUUGUAAGUCAAAUAGAGACAAGGAAUGUGGACAAUUACUGAUAUCUGAAAACCAGAAGGUGGCAGCACACCAUAAGUGCAUGCUGUUUUCAUCUGCUUUGGUGUCUUCACAUACUGAUAAUGAGAGUCUUGGUGGAUUUUCUAUUGAAGAUGUCCAAAAGGAAAUUAAAAGAGGCACAAAGCUGAUGUGUUCUCUUUGUCAUUGUCCUGGAGCAACCAUUGGCUGUGAUGUGAAAACCUGCCACAGGACAUACCACUAUCACUGUGCGUUGCAUGAUAAAGCUCAGAUCCGAGAGAAACCUUCGCAAGGGAUUUACAUGGUUUAUUGUCGAAAACACAAGAAAACUGCACAUAACUCUGAAGCUGAUGUAGAAGAAAGUUUUAAUGAGCAUGAACUGGAGCCCUCAUCUCCAAAGACUAAGAAGAAAAGUCGCAAAGGAAGACCACGAAAAACCAACCUUAAAGGUCUGGCGGAAGACAGCAGAUCCACAUCUUCCCAUGGAACAGAUGAAAUGGAAAGUAGUUCCUACCGAGAUAGGUCUCCGCACAGGAGCAGCCCUAAUGACACCAGGCCUAAAUGUGGGUUUUGCCAUGUAGGGGAGGAAGAAAAUGAAGCGAGAGGGAAAUUGCAUAUAUUUAAUGCCAAGAAGGCAGCUGCGCAUUACAAGUGCAUGUUGUUUUCUUCUGGCACUGUCCAGCUCACAACAACAUCAAGAGCAGAAUUUGGAGAUUUUGAUAUUAAAACUGUACUUCAGGAGAUUAAGCGAGGAAAAAGGAUGAAGUGUACACUUUGCAGUCAGCCUGGUGCUACUAUUGGAUGUGAAAUAAAAGCCUGUGUUAAAACCUACCAUUACCACUGUGGAGUACAAGACAAGGCAAAAUACAUUGAAAAUAUGUCACGAGGAAUUUACAAACUCUAUUGUAAAAACCAUAGUGGAAAUGAUGAGCGAGAUGAAGAAGACGAGGAGCGAGAGAGUAAAAGCCGUGGAAGAUUAGCAAUUGAUCAGCAGCUAACCCAGCAGCAGCUUAAUGGAAACUAGGUUCGUGGGACAGAGAGAAAGUUAAAAAACUGAAAAUAAAACAACUUAACUCCUGUGCUUCUUUUCCACUCUUUUCUAAAAUAAAGGGUUUGUAACUUUUUACUGCCCGACUCUUAGAUCCUUCAUUGAACUGCCUAAAAUCACCUUGUUAGUUUUCUGAGCCUUCAGUAGACGGCCGGAUUUGACAUUCUGAUAUUACGUAGCUGUAGUUUGCAGUUUCUGGGAAGCAGUCGAAACACUAUUAGCUCUGUGUAUACUGUCAACAGUUAAAACAGACAUUGAAUGAAGUAAACUGUAUUUCUGGACUGAACAAAGUUCUACUAUUUUGAGUGUUUAAGUUUGUGUAGUAGAUCAAAGGAAACUAGAAGCAAGUUGUACUUCACCAUGCAAACAUGCCUCUGGUAGCAACACCUGGUAAUUUGGGGACUUUUUCUUGUUUUCAUACUCAAGCAAUGGAAACUACAAAUGAAGAGAACCUUCUUUUGAUCUUGGCUUCGGCAGCACAUGCUCUAAGCAUUUCUUUUGAGAAGCGUGCUGAAGCCUUCCUUUGGUCCCUUUUAGAGUUGUUCUCACUGAGCAGCACAGACUCUGGGCGACUGGUGAUCAUAAGCUCUGAGCCCCAGUGUUUCUGCCAAAACUCUUGACAGCACACCUCUCUGUGCUGUACAAAGAGCAUCUGGCAAACUAAUGGAAUCGGAUCAAGAUCAAAAUAACAUUUGGCAACAUCAGAUUAAACCUCUUUGAGAUUAAAGAGGUCACCAGUGCGCUAAGGACUUUGGACAUCAUGUCUGAAAUCAGUUUCUCUCAAGUGCCCUGUUGUGUGGAACACUUCACAUAUUGGCCCAUCGUAUAUAAAGAGGUCUUAUGUGCUAGCAAUUUUUUUUUUUUUUAAAAAGGAACCAUCUUUGUGCAAAACAGUAUUUAUUUUUGACUCUGUGACCACUAUUUUAGAAACAUUAUUUAAUGCUUUCAGUCAUCAGUUUGCUUACAUAUUGAAUAAGCUUUUGUGCCCUGUUUUUCUUCGAGGGCUCAGAAGUGUUUUCUCCAUUACCAGAUUUUUAGAAAGGCUUUCCACUGGCGUUUCUCGCUUGUGACACACAUCCCACUUACCUGCUGAAGCACAUAUACAUAUUUCUUUAUGGCAAAACCAAAAAGUUUAGUUGCGGUCUGCCUAAUAUUACCAUAGCACCUCAGUAUGAAAGGUAAGGAUUCUAAGUUCCAAAUCAUUAGUUAACCUACCACAAUGAAUCAGAUUUGCAAAUAAGAAAUAACGUACUAACUUGACUGUACAUUGAUCUAUUCUGUAGCUGGUAGAACAGCAUUUUUAAAUGUAACAGGUGGAAAAUGACACUGUGCUUAUUGACUGAAUUUUUAAACUGCUAGUCCCUUAAGAUCAUGUUUGUUAAAAGGUGUGUAUUUACACAUUUCCUUAAAUCAAGGGACUCAAUGCUUGCUUUAGUUUAACCAUCUUUUGUUCUUUUAGAAGGAAACUAGCUUUAGUAGUGGAUUGCCUUGUGCGUCUUCUCCUUUUGCUCUUAAUAUGCCAUGAUGUGUAUGUGAUUAAUUUUCAAGGUUCAUCAUGACUUGAAGUGCAAGGACAGAUCUCAGUUUGUUUACCAAGCGAUGUGACUUUUCCCAAAGGAUCUGUACUUUAUUUCCUUAUAACAGCUUGAAAACCAUUAUUUUUUAAAUCUUUAAAUCACUGUGUCUAGGUAAUUUUUACAUUGCGUGCCAUAGAACUUACCCAUGGAGAAAUAGAGCUCCUUCAUUUUUGGACAACUACUGUAAUGAUUUUUUUUAAAGAAAAAUGGAAGGUGCCAGGGGUAAUUAUGGCCAGUCAAUAAUUAUAUAAAGGACUUCAAAUACUAUAGCUGUCAGUUGAUGGAUUUGAUAUGUAGUACAUGUAUGAUUUUGUAUGGAUUUCUUCAGCCCUUUCUCUGCCACUAGCAACCAGAAAAGCACUUUACCUUUUGGUUGGUUAGAUAAGUGGCUAACUACCUGUUUUUCUCACUGUGGUGUGAUUGGCUAAAUAACUUUCAUUUAAAGUUGAAAUGUAAACUGAAGUCACAUUAAACACUCGCGUUUGGUUGUAAACUUUCAAUAUUUUGAUUCUUUGUUCCUGUUUUCAUUCUAUGCUGAGUAAAAGUGCCUUACAAUGUAAAAAUUGUACAGUACUUACGUUCCCAAGUAGCAGCUUCAUCAUCUGGCUAGUAAUCACAUUGUGGUAUUAAGAUUUAGAUAAAUAGACCUCAGCAGUGUAUUUACUGUACAACUCUUAAGUCCUUAACUGUAGUUUUAAUAAGCAUGACAUUAUUUGGCAAAUAUAUGGCAUUUACAUUAUUUCCAAAAAUACUGCCAUUGCUGUCUAAUGCGUAUUUUUAGCCUGAAAUUUUGAUGUGUCUUUUUUUCUUGUUUUUUCUUUAUUUGUUUUGUUCCUUUUGUCAUUAUUGAAUAUUAAACCGUGUAAUCUUUGCAAGCGUAUACUGAAGAUUAUUCUGGAGCAUUUAUUGCCUUACCAGAAUUGUUAGUAAGAAAUGUUCUUUAGAGUAGAAGGGUAGACUUGAGUUUCUAUACUUUAAUAAGACCUCUUUGUUCCUGGGGGGAGGGGGGGUUUGCUUUCAUCUCAUUGGUUUAAAGCCCACACCUGAAAUAAAUUUCAUGUCAAGGAUAAGCAGUUUUCAAACUUGAGCUGGUACUUGCUUGGUACACAUGACUCAAGACACUAACAGAGUAACAUGAUCUACAGAUCUGCUAUGGAAUCGAAUCUAUGUACUUGAACAAAUGUGGGAAUCUCAAAUAUCUCAAAGCAAAAGUGUUGUAGAAUGUUGUUGCUUUUUGAAAAAGCACUGAAGUUAGACCAAGGCACAGUUUUGUUUUAACAGACAUUUAAGUUAAUUGUAAAGAUAAGGAAUGCAUCAUGGGUCAAAAAUCAAACAUUCCUCAAUGUUAUGUAUAUUUUGUUCCUGUUAUAUUGGCUUUAUUUUCAAAAUUGUAGUUUGUAGUAUUAGUUUCAUUUUAAUGGUAUUCUUGCAUAUACUAUUCAUUCAAUAAAUGAGUUCUGAAUUUCA